GUAAAUUGUAAUGUAACCCAACUCUCCUAGAAAAAAUAAAAUAUAAAAAAAAAAGAAAUGUUCAGGUUUGUUCUGAAUGUCCUUUGGAUUUUUCAGACUAUGCUUUUAAAAUACACUCCUGUGCAAAUAUUUAAUUUAGACAUAAACUGUUACAAUCCAGCAGUAAGCAUGUAAUAGUUAUGAAAGUACGUUGUUCAAAUAUCUGCUGAAGAUUGAGUGGCUGUAAUCCAUAUAUGAACUGGUCACGUCCUUUUUCCUCCCUCACCAGUCAUUUGGUUGAGAUCUAGCAGGCCAGUGUUCCAUAUGAUGAAUCAAAGCAUGGCUUAAUCUGAUCUGCAGACAACGAGGUGGUUAGGCCGUACACUCCUGUGGAUCAGCGUCUGGCUGCAGGUCCGCACUCGCCUUCACAGGAACCUGACCUCUACCUCAUGAUCAAGGUGUAUCCGGACGGCGUCUUCACCCAGCACCUGAACAGCCUGCAGACUGGUGACCAUAUUUCUGUUAGUGGUCCUGAGGGCUCUUUCAGUCUCCGUCUUCUGCGAGAUGUAACACACCUCUUCCUGCUGGCUGCUGGCACAGGUUUCACACCCAUGGCUCGCCUCAUCCGCUUUUCCCUCCAAGAGAUUGACACUGUCAGGGAGCUGAAUCUUUUGGAUCAGUUCAUCUCAGAGAGCCGUUCAAAAGACCGGCUCUUUUGGCUCUUUUUAUGUUCAUUCACUUUUGAUACCCCAGUUUGGAGUUUAUUCCUUUUAUCCUGGAAAUAAUCACAGGGAGGAUUGGUGGACUGACAUCUGGAUCAGAAAAAUGCUGAUUUCCCAACAAUAACUGAGUUUGACCUAUUUUUGAAAUAUCAAUUAUAGCUUUAUUUGACAUUUGUGGAUGACAUGUUAAAGUCUGAUAUGAAUUCACUGUAUAUUCCACUGCCAGCAUAUCCAGCAUGUAUAUAUAUAAAGAGUAUGUAUAUGUACUUUGAAGGAUGUUAUUGAUGUAACUGCUAAAACAGAGGUCUGCAGCCUCUAAAAGAAACAUUUGGUCCAGUUUCUUACAGACAAAACCGAGUGAGAGCCGCAAAAUCUCACUACAUUCUGUAUAAAAAUGCACUUUUAUUAUGGCCAUGGAGCCAAAAGUUUUUUGAUUAUCAAAAUGAAAUAUUUUUCAUGUCAGAAUUUGUAUGGUUUCAGUAAAAGUUAAACAAGUUUUCUGAACUUGUCUUUACUUAAAAUGCACUUUGGUGGAGAAAAGGAAGUCAUUUUGAGCCAGUGUUUUGUAGUAAAGAGAAACAUUUACAUUAAUUGCAGAUCUGGGAUCCAUUUGUAAUCGUCUCAUAAUUCAAUUGCUGCCUCCUGAAUUGUAAUCAAACUGAAUUGUGAGGAGCCUCAAGAUUCCCACCUCUAGUAUCUACUUGUUUCCUGGUAUACUAUCAUUGAUCUUAAAUAGAGAACUGGACUGAGUGAUUUCUCCUCUCUGAUGUUCCAAAUAGGAAGCAGCUACUGGCUCAGAGAAGCCAGAAUUCCAUAAACUGCUAUAGAGAAAUAAACAUCUAUUACUCA